AGGCGCUGGUUAGGCCCGCGGCAGCAGCGGGAGGAGCCCGGGCCGUGUCCGGGGACAGGCGAUGUGGGAGAGCCGGGGCUUCUAGUCACAGCUCCGUGUAGGCCAAUCGCCGCCGCCAUGGCGCGGGUGCUGAUCGUGGGCGCCGGGCCGACCGGCAGCCUGUGCGCUGCGCUGCUGCGGAGAGAGCUGCCGCAGCGCCCGCUGCGCAUCGUGCUGUGGGACAAAGCCCGGGGGGCAGGAGGAAGAAUGACUACAAGCAGGAGCCCGCAUAACCCUCGCUGUACAGCGGAUCUGGGCGCACAGUACAUAACGCUUAGACCCGCCUAUGCCCAAAAGCAUCAAAGCUUCUAUGAGGAACUUUUGGCCCAUGGUGUGUUGAAGCCGUUGACUGCCCCUGUCGAAGGAAUGGUGAUGGAAGAAGGGUCUCACAAUUUUGUGACACCUCAGGGAAUCUCUUCAAUUGUCAAGCAUUAUUUAACAGAGUCAGCAGGUGCAGAUGUCCUCUAUGAACAUCAUGUAACACAGAUCUACCUCAGAGGGGGGAAAUGGGAGGUCUGCAAGAAAACAGGAUCACCAGAACAGUUUGACAUAGUUGUUCUCACAAUACCUGUUCCACAGAUUCUUCAACUUCAAGGUGACAUUGUGAACAUAAUUAAGGAAAGUCAAAAGCAGCAACUGGAAUCUGUGAGCUACUCCUCUCGUUACGCUCUGGGACUCUUUUAUGAAGCUGGCACAUGGAUUGAUGUCCCCUGGGCUGCACAGUACAUCACCAAUAAUCCCUGCAUACGCUUCAUCUCCAUCGAUAAUAAGAAGCGCAAUAUAGAGUCUUCCGAAUUUGGGCCAUCUGUUGUUGUGCACACAAGUGUACCAUUUGGAACUGCACAUCUAGAAUGGGAUAAGGAAAAGGUGCAGCCGAUAAUCCUGGAUCAUCUGGAAAAUAUUAUGCCAGGUCUGGCUAAACCAACUAGCAUCAAGUGCCAGAAGUGGAGAUACUCUCAGCUCACUGGGUUGGAUCUUCUGGACGAGACCAGUAUUUUAAUCUUCUAUAAAACAAAAGGUUACAAAAGCCAUCCCCAGUUGUCCAGGACAAAUGACUCUUCACAUCAAACCUCUCCUGGUGUGUGGGGGCGAUGCAUUUACUCAUUCCAACUUUGACGGGUGCAUAGAUUCUGCCAUAUGUAUUGUCGAGGCUUUAAAGACCAAUUUAUAAAGCAGUCUACAUAUAGUUUUAGUUCUAUGGUGAAUUUUACCAUGAUGUUAAAUUUCAGUGUAUUGUUGACCUGAUUGGCCUACAUUUUGCAUUAGAAAAAAAACAUCAAAAAUUGCUUAUAUCUGUUUGAAUGGAAAUAAAUUUGAGGACCCUCUUACGUAUUUUGCUGUUCUACUAUAAAGGAAACUCUUCUGAUGGCCUGAUUCCACUAUCUUUUUGCCCAUUGAUUUCAUCUGGUAUUACAAGCUGAAAGGGUAAAAGAUGCUUUUGAAAUGUCAUACUGGGCAGUGCCUUUAAGAAGGCCCCUAGGAAUUUUACCCUAGGAAUGCACACUAUUGUCAGGUCUUGAUCUUUGCCCAAAACUCUCAAUGAGACCCAUGAGCAUAGGUGCUGGAACUGGGGGUGCUGCAGAACUCCUGGCAUGACAUGAUUUCCAUUAUAAACAGGGUUUACAGUUUGGUCCAAUGGCUUUCAGCACCCCCACUAUAGAAAUUGUUCCAGCACCCCUCUCAGUGGGAACCCAGCACACAGAACCAGUAUAACAAGUGGCUGUAACAGUUACAAGUACACUUUUCAGACGUGGUUGCCAAAAGUUGGCCUGUUAAAUCCAUAGUUAGGUACCUAAAUAAGUGUCCUUUUUCCCCCAGAGGUACUGAGUACCCAGCAGCCCCCAGUGAAGUCAGCCAGACUCCUAGAUGCUCAGUAUUUUUGAAAAAUCAGACCAUCUAUUUAAGUGCCUAAGCUGUCUUGGGAGCCUAACUUUAGGCACCCGUGUUUGAAAAUCUUGGCCUACAUAAGUUCUUCAGGAGCUAUAUAGUUCAUAUUCAGAAUAAAAUCCUGUCCUUACUCUCUGAGGUCAUGGAGAUGACAGAGUAGAGUAAUACCACCACCUAGUAUGUCCCCCAGAUUAACUAAUGUGAACCAGGCCCCCUCCCCCACAUCUCAGAGGGACCCUACUACCAUCAGGGGAGGGAGGGAACACACACCCUAUAACAACUACAAACCAUCCAGCACCAAGAAGCUGGUGGGGCAUCACAGGGUGAUGGCCCUGCCUGCAUGCUAUGGCAAGAGCCAACACGUUAGAUUGGGACCCAGGCCAGCCCUGCAGGACAGGCGCUGCUGUGGGGUGAACAUGGAGGAGGCUCACUCUCCAGCACCCCCAGGGGCAGGACCUGACAUCCCACACCCCACUGGGGGAACAUACACAGCUUUAGUUGCCAUACUGCAUAGGGCCCCGAAGUUUGUUCACCCAGCACUGCCCCAAGCCAUCCAACAUACAUUUGAUAGGUCCUCCUGGUGCAGAGUGGGUAAGGUUGAUCACUGGGGCUCUGGAGAACAUGGGGUGGGACACAUCUUACUGCUCUUCCAAAAUGCAGCAGAAUGUACUCGCUGCCCAGAGCCAACUGCAUUACCCACUGGGCUAGUCGAGGGUCUGACCGUGUCUCCAAGGCAAAAGAUCACGUCUGUGGGGCUACAGUGUACCAGCUAGGGUAGUUACUGCCUGCACGUCCCCAUCACUGUUCCCGUCCCUGUCCCCCACACUGUCUUACGUUGCAGUCCUACAUGCAAGCAAAGAGUAGCUCCCUCUCCCCUCACUGCCACACUUGUGCAGCACAGGGUUGGGCCCAAAUGUAAUAGAAAAUCCAAUAUCCAGUGCAAGAUGACUGGUAACAUUAUUUACUUAAUUAGAUCAUAAUCUGUGCUCUGGGGUUAUCUGUUUUUUGUGUUUCUUAGGAGGUAUAUUUAUCUUUCUUUAUUACUAGUCAAGUAACACUGGCUUUAAAUUCAGAAGAUGUUACUGACAGCUUUCUGCAAGCUCAGAGAAGGAUUUAUUUCUUUGCUUCUAGAGCUGAAGUACCAAUAAAAUGUGUUGUCUAUCCUAAAAGUGGUGCAACCAGAAAUAAACAGCCUGUACCUCUGAAAGGAAGAAAGAAGAGAGUGCUAGAAAGAAUAGAUGGACAUACAAAUGUAUAUUUCUCAUGUCACUAGAUUUGUUAUCUCAUAGUAUUUUCUAAUAUAUACUUUUGCAUCUGGGCUGUAACACUGAGUUGUAACACAAAGUUAACGUCAGUGAAUUUAACUAACACACCUAUCCCAUUGCUGGACCAGAAAAUAGAUGCAUUAAAAUAGUUCAAUAUUUAUCAGAUUAGUGGUUCAGUGAAUAAUGCAUCAUGCCUCAGUUCUGAGCCUUUGCUGCUUGAAGAGAAAUUGAUCCUUCACCUCUUAAACAGGGUGCACUCUAGUGACUAUAGAAAAGGUACAGGAGAAGCAACUAUAGAAGAAUUUGCCAUUGCUUUAGUGGAUAACAAAUGCAAAGAAAAAGUGUAUAAAAGGACUUCACAUGAGCAUAAUUACAUAAUAGUGUAAUAACAGGAAUAAAACUGUGAUGGCUUUCCAGGUUCAGAGUUAUAGUAGCUACACCAAAAACAUUAAAACUAGGGCUGUCAAGCGAUUAAAAAAAUUAAUCGCGAUUAAUUGCACGAUUAAAAAAUUA